AAUGGACUAAUGAGUUGAAUUCUAAACAGUUACCUAAAAUAUUCAAAUACGAGUGCUUUCCCAGGGAAUGUCCAAGCAAUAUGGUGGCUGCCACUUGAGAGCGGUUGGCACGUGAAGUGAUUUUGCAGUAAACUGCAAGUGAUUUUACCCAAUAGAGUUGCGAUCCUAGUUAAAUUUUUCCUUCUCUUGAUCACUUGAAGCGAUCCGGAUUCAAGUAGACCAGAAGGUGGUUUUAUCACUGGCAGAGUGCUGGAAUUUUGGUUGUGCGAUUACUGAAGAACACAGUGCACCAUGGAUUCUGCAGAUCCACUGCUGAGUUACCUUUUGGAAAUGGGUUUCCCGCAAAAGAAAGCAGAGAAAGCGUUAGCUGCCACAGGCCACGGGAGCGUGGAAACCGCCAUGGAAUGGAUUUUGUCGCAUCCCGAUGAUGAUGGCGAAGAAUCAGAAGGGAAUACGCAGCCUGCAGGAGAUUCUGCUCCUACGAUGAAGCUGCCUUUAACCGAAGCCGAGUUGGAAGAGCAAGCGCGCAAGCUGGAAGAGCGUCGCGUGCAGCGCCGUGCGGAAGUGGCUGAGCAAGAGCGCAAAGAUGAGAUUGAACGGGAAAAAGCCCGCCGCGUCAGCGGUCGGGAGAUCCUGGAUGCCAAAGAGAAAGCCGCCCAGGUGGAGAUGAUGCGUAUUGCUGAAGAGCGGCGUCGUGAGAAGAUGGAGGAUAAAAAGGCCAAAGAGAAGAUUAAAGCGCUGAUUGAGGAAGAUCGCCGCAACCGGGAUAAGGAGCGUGAACAACCACUGUCGGCGAAUGUCCCAUCCGUUACUCCCACGCCGUUCUCCACUCCGACCAAUUCGUCAGCCAAUCUGGAUCAGAAUGCGAAAACCCGCAUUCAGAUUCGUAUGUUUGACGGGAAACCACUGGUACAGUCCUUCGGCAUCAAUGAGCCACUGAGCGCUGUCAGACUUUACGCCGAACUCAACCGUCAGGAUGGUGAGAUUGGCCCGUUCGGCAUGAUGACCAACUUUCCAAAGAAAGAAUUUACCGAAGAUGAUAUGCAGGCACCGUUAUUCUCCCUGGGUCUCGUUCCUUCCGCCACUCUGAUUGCCACACGGAAGCCAUCAUCAUUAAAUUAUUGAUUUACGAAUUUGACAGUAUAAUUGUACGGUCUUUCCUUUCCUUUGUAAAAUCUUCGGUUAUCAUGUACGAGUAUUUACAGAAUAUUACAUGGUUCAGUUUAGUUACGAUUUUUGUUUGAUUUUCGAGCACGAAUGGUCUUGAAGUUUACUUUAUUUAUGAUUUACGAACUAAUAAUUAUUUCCACAAUUCCUGGUUUAUUUCUAAUAGCGGAAUGAGUUUGUGCUCGUUCAAAUGGUGCUGCGACAAAUAUCUGGGAUCUGAAGAGAUAAACAUUUUCCGUGCGGGG